CCCUCCCUCCCCCCCCCCCCCCCCAACCCGCGAGACGGCCGGCAAAUUGUUGCAGUGCACUGAAGCCAACAGCUGCAGGACAGGAGGAGGAGGUGCUUCGAUUCGUCCCCGCGCGCCCGCAGCCCAGCCCAGGCCCCCGCCGCCGGUCCCGAGGAUUCCAGGUUCUCAGGCACAGGUCCAUCAUCUUGCUACUCGACACACACAACACUGCAUACGGAUGGGUUCCGAGGGGCCAUCUUCUCCGAUCACCACCACCGUCCAUGUCACUGGAUUCAAGAAGUUCCAUGGGGUCGCUGAGAACCCCACAGAGAAAAUCGUACGCAACCUCCCGUCAUUCAUGGAGACGAAAGGGUUGCCCAAGGGUCUUGUGCUUGGGAGCUGCACCGUCCUUGAGGCUGCCGGGCAGGGUGCGCUUGGUCCGUUGUAUGAAUUGCUGGAGUCGACUGUCUCCGGCCGGGAAUGUGGAAUGCCAAGUCAGGACCGAGUAAUUCUGCUCCAUUUUGGCGCCAACAGUGGUUCACAUAGGUUUGCUCUUGAGAAUCAAGCUGUUAAUGAAGCUACUUUCCGUUGCCCUGAUGAGCUAGGAUGGAAACCACAGAGGAUGCCUAUCAUACCAUCUGAUGGAAGCAUUUUACACGCAAGACAGACUACACUGCCAGUGAAGGACAUAAACAAGUCUCUCCAACAGAUGGGAUAUGAUGUGAUGCCUUCAGAUGAUGCUGGUCGAUUUGUGUGCAAUUAUGUCUAUUAUCACUCGCUUAAGUUUGCAGAGGAACAUGGCAUCAGGUCCCUCUUCGUUCAUUUCCCUCUCUUCUUGGCAAUUGAUGAGGAAGUUCAGAUGCAAUUUGUUGCUUCCCUUCUUGAAGUCCUCGCUUCCUUGAACUUACAGUAAUCUAAUGGUAGAUCAAUCACUCCCAGUGGUAUUGUUCCCAAUUUAUUUGGAAGGGUUAAGUUGUUCCAAGUUUACAAGUGGGGUGAAUAAGAACGAGGAAUCAUUCAUGGAAUUAUGUGUGCUCAAAAAUGUGUAAAAAAAAUAUCUUCUUAAAGCAAAUGUCCAUGCAGUCCAGAUGUCCAAAUAUCCAAAGCGGUUUAUAUGACAGGUGUUAUUGUUCUCAGA